AUGGAAACAACGAUGGUAGAAGGACAAAAUAAACCUAAACGGCUAAAAUGUCAAGACUUGGAGGAAGAUCGAAUCAGUGCGUUGCCAGAUUGCUUGCUCCAUGAAAUCCUCUCUCGUUUACUCUCCACAAAAGCCGCCAUUAGAACAGGUCUACUCUCAAAACGAUGGAAACAUCUUUGGACUUUGGUUCCUUCUCUCUAUUUCAAUGAUUAUAUAUGUAGUAGUACCGGGCCUGAUUUCUUUUCAAACGUCGACAAAACCCUAACUCAAUGCCGUCAAUUGAAGCUCAAGAAACUCGAUGUUGAUAUAUGUUAUAAUAUUCGAUCUGGAUCGCAAAUCAGCAAUUGGAUUCGUUAUGCUAUAGAUUGUAACGUUGAAGAGCUUAAGUUAAAGUUACUUACUAUGAAAGAUGAAUUUUCGUUAGAUCAAUCUUUCUUUAUCAACACAUGUUUUACUGAUCUGACAAUAUCAGGCUGCAAAUUUAACCCAUUUGGGGUGAUUAGUUGGAAAACGCUUAGGAAUUUGUGUAUUUGCUUUACAUAUUUAGAUGCAAAUUUGAUUGAAAACAUAUUAUCUGGUAGUCCUCUAUUGGAAACUUUGAAAUUAGAAGGUUGCUAUGGUUACAGUCGGCUCGAUAUUACUUCAAAAAGCUUGAAGAACUUGGUGUUAUCUGGAUACUACUAUUUUCUACAGGAUGAUCAAUAUGAGGAUGAAUAUGACCAUCUUGACAAUAUUAUGGAAAUCAAUGCGCCUAAUAUUCUAUCACUAACAAUCGAAGGUGAUCUGUGGUUGUGGGAUCUUUUGUUGCUAGAUGUGUCUUCAUUAAUUGAAGCUAAUUUAGAUUAUACAUCUAAAAGCUUGUUUGGCGAGAUAAGUGGAAAUGUUAGUGCUUUUAAAGAAGCGGAAGAAGAGAUGCUUAAAAGAUUUAUACUAAAUCUUUCCCAUGUCAAGGAGUUUAAAAUUGGGUUUCGAUGUAGUAAGGUUGUGUCUUGGUUGGAAGCAAAAGGUUUUGUUUUUCCAUCAAAUAUCAAGUUUUCUUAUGUUACUUGUGAUUGGCCUGAUACUGAUGCUGAUUGGUCUGAUAGUAAUGGUGAUAGUGAUACUGCAACUGAUGACGAUUCAGAUGAAAGCGGAGAUGGGGAAGUGUUCUUGCUUGAUGAUGGUCCUAAUUCAGAUAAUCAGCUUAAUUGAUUGGUGACGCUUUGAAUUCAUGUUAACGCAUUUUAGUCAUCUCUUUUUAGGUUGUUUUUGUCCAAGUUUACUUGGUUGGGUUGGGUAUUUGCUUGAUCAUGGUCCUCUGGAUUCUGCAUCAUUUCUUAUUUCAAGAUAUUGAUCAUUUUGUAAUUUUCUAUUGCAUGUAACAAACGCAGCCUACAUUGUGUGUGUUAUGUAUACAUUUGUGUUUUGGAG